AUGAUAAGAGAAGAAUUUCUAACUGGAAGGAUCAACAAAGAUACAAAUCUUCUUGAUGGAGAAGAAUACAAGGAAAGUUUGAAAUAUAAAAGGGAAGUUGAUGCAAAUCCUUUAUCAUGUUUUCAUGAUCUGACGUAUGAUCCAAAUACACUUCUAUCUUUGUUCUUCACUGUUGACCUUGAUCUGAAAGACAAAAUCAUCAAUCAGAAUCAAGAAGAUAUUGAAGUAUUGAAGAAGGAACUGAUUCAAAGGAUAAAAGAAAUAUCUGAUCUGAAGGAGAAGAUUAAAGAAAAUGGCGUGAAGAAAAAAAACUUUUGCCCUGACAAGUUUCACGCUGAGAAAGUUCACACUAUUACUUCAACUCGUAUUGCAAAGACAUCAGAAGCUAACAAAUCAGUUCACCCUGAUAAGGUUCACACUGCCAAGUUAAUUCAAGCUGACAAGUCGAGUAGCACUGCAAAGACCUUUCACACUAUCAAACGGUCUCAAGUUGUGAAGACUCCAUCUCACCUUGUCAAGACUCAUGCUUGA